AUGACGAGCAAACCGCUAUGGGAAAAUGCGGAGCCUAUUGUCUCUGCUGUACGGCAGCUCCUACUAGACGGCAAGAUCCUCCCUUACGAACCGAAUGCGUAUGGGUGGCAAGGCGUGGGCGUUGAAAUGCAAAUAUUCAUUGAGGAUCUGAAGGCAGAAAUAGAACGAAAAGAGUUCAAAGUUGAAAAAUGUUUCGUUUUCCACUUCAAUAUCGGCAGGACGCUCGAUAAUCCCUCCGAACGCCUCCUAAUAUUUCCUCUACGCGGUCUCUCCGAUGUUAGGCCAGGGGCCCCUCUAGAAACUGGUACAUACUGGUUUAUCAGUGAUAAACGAGCCUUGGUUCCACGACAACCGUGCGGAGUCGACGUUAUUAUCGCCGUUGGCGAAAAGAGAACUGAGGCAACUACGACUAUCAUGUGA